GUGCUUGGCAUCCUCACCCAAAAAAAAAGAUCAUACAUAGUAGUGUUGGUGGGUUGCAAAGAUGCUUGGGGGUCUUCUCCAUAGGGGUCAUAAGAUAAAAGGGACAGUGGUGUUGAUGCGCAAGAAUGUGUUGGACGUGAAUAGCGUAACCAGCGUUGGGGGAAUUAUUGGUCAAGGUCUCGACUUAGUUGGCUCAACACUCGAUACUCUUACUGCCUUCUUGGGCCGAUCCGUGUCUCUCCAGCUUAUUAGUGCUACCAAAGCUGAUGCCAACGGAAAAGGGAAACUUGGAAAGGCUACCUUUUUGGAAGGUAUCAUUACUUCAUUGCCAACUUUGGGAGCAGGCCAAUCUGCAUUCAAAAUUAAUUUUGAAUGGGAUGAUGGGAGUGGAAUUCCUGGAGCAUUUUAUAUCAAGAAUUUUAUGCAAACUGAGUUUUUCCUUGUGAGUUUGACUCUUGAAGACAUUCCAAACCAUGGAAGCAUCCACUUUGUUUGCAAUUCGUGGAUUUACAAUGCCAAACUCUUCAAAAGUGACCGCAUUUUCUUUGCCAACCAGACAUAUCUUCCAAGUGAGACACCAGCUCCACUAGUCAAAUAUAGAGAAGAAGAGUUGCAUAAUUUAAGAGGAGAUGGAACUGGAGAACGCAAAGAGUGGGAAAGGAUCUAUGAUUAUGAUGUCUACAAUGAUUUAGGUGAUCCGGAUAAAGGUGAAAAUCAUGCCCGUCCUGUUCUUGGAGGAAAUGACACCUUUCCUUAUCCUCGUAGGGGGAGAACUGGUAGAAAACCAACAAGGAAAGAUCCUAAUAGUGAGAGUAGGAGCAAUGAUGUUUAUCUUCCAAGAGAUGAGGCUUUUGGACACUUGAAGUCAUCUGACUUUCUUACUUAUGGACUAAAAUCCGUAUCUCAAAAUGUUCUUCCAUUAUUGCAAUCUGCUUUUGAUUUGAAUUUCACACCCCGUGAGUUUGAUAGCUUUGAUGAAGUUCAUGGACUCUAUUCAGGCGGAAUUAAGCUGCCAACAGAUAUAAUCAGCAAGAUUAGUCCACUACCCGUGCUUAAGGAAAUCUUCCGAACUGAUGGUGAACAGGCCCUUAAGUUUCCUCCUCCUAAAGUAAUUCAAGUGAGUAAGUCUGCAUGGAUGACUGAUGAAGAAUUUGCAAGAGAAAUGCUUGCUGGUGUAAAUCCAAACUUGAUUCGUUGUCUUAAGGAUUUCCCUCCACGAAGCAAGCUAGAUAGCCAAGUCUAUGGUGAUCAUACUAGUCAAAUAACCAAAGAACACCUAGAGCCCAACUUAGAAGGGCUCACUGUAGAUGAGGCAAUUCAAAACAAGAGAUUGUUCCUACUAGAUCAUCAUGACCCAAUCAUGCCAUAUUUGAGGCGAAUAAAUGCAACCUCCACAAAGGCUUAUGCUACCAGAACCAUCCUUUUCCUGAAAAAUGACGGAACUUUAAGGCCACUUGCCAUAGAGUUGAGUUUGCCACAUCCUCAGGGAGAUCAAUCUGGUGCUUUUAGUCAAGUUUUUCUGCCUGCAGAUGAAGGUGUUGAAAGUUCUAUUUGGCUGCUAGCAAAGGCUUAUGUAGUUGUGAAUGACUCGUGCUAUCAUCAACUUGUCAGCCAUUGGUUAAACACUCAUGCAGUUGUUGAGCCAUUCAUCAUAGCAACAAACAGGCAUCUCAGUGUUGUUCACCCUAUUUAUAAACUCCUUCACCCUCACUAUCGUGACACCAUGAACAUAAAUGGCCUUGCUCGGUUAUCACUGGUCAACGACGGUGGCGUUAUAGAACAAACAUUUUUGUGGGGAAGGUAUUCUGUGGAAAUGUCUGCUGUAGUUUACAAGGAUUGGGUUUUUACAGAUCAAGCAUUGCCUGCUGAUCUUAUAAAAAGAGGAAUGGCAAUUGAGGAUCCAUCGUGCCCUCAUGGCAUUCGCCUUGUGAUAGAGGACUACCCUUAUGCUGUUGAUGGACUUGAGAUAUGGGAUGCUAUCAAGACAUGGGUCCAUGAAUACGUUUUCUUGUACUACAAAUCAGAUGACACACUUAGAGAAGAUCCUGAACUCCAAGCCUGCUGGAAAGAACUCGUAGAGGUGGGUCAUGGAGACAAGAAAAAUGAGCCAUGGUGGCCUAAGAUGCAAACUCGUGAAGAGCUAGUUGAAUCUUGCGCUAUCAUCAUAUGGACUGCUUCAGCACUUCAUGCAGCUGUUAAUUUUGGACAGUAUCCCUAUGGAGGUUUAAUCUUAAACCGUCCAACUCUUAGUAGGCGAUUCAUGCCUGAGAAAGGUUCUGCUGAGUAUGAGGAGCUGAGGAAGAAUCCCCAGAAGGCUUACUUGAAGACUAUUACACCAAAGUUUCAGACCCUUAUUGACCUUUCUGUUAUAGAAAUCUUGUCAAGGCAUGCAUCUGAUGAGGUGUACCUUGGGGAGAGGGACAAUCCAAAUUGGACAUCUGAUACAAGAGCAUUAGAGGCUUUUAAAAGGUUUGGAAAUAAACUGGCACAAAUUGAGAAUAAACUCUCAGAGAGAAACAACGAUGAGAAACUGAGAAACCGUUGUGGACCAGUUCAAAUGCCUUAUACUCUGCUUUUGCCUUCUAGUAAGGAAGGAUUAACUUUCAGAGGAAUUCCCAACAGUAUCUCUAUCUGAAGAGGUUUGUGGUUCCUUAAGUUUUGUGGCUUUGAAUAAAAGAUAGAAGAGAAGGAAUCUGAAUUUCUUCAUCCAACCUGCACAUGGUAAUCUAGUGUGUUUGAGUGCUUUCAUGUUUGGCUUUAAUAAAAUAAAAGCAGUUGUUUUGUAAAAUGUUCAGAAUCAAUAAAAGCAUUUACUGCUUUGCUUUGUGCACUAA